UUUACUAAGUAUCAGAGGAUUUUUUUGAUGAAUUAAAAAAAUUAUAUAAGGAUUUUAGGAAAAAUUAUAAACAAACCUUAUAUAUGCACACAAACAAACGUACAUACAUAAUGCUGAUACAUUAUUUUUGUUGUGUAAAUAUUUUAUUGUUAUAUUAUUAGAUUUGCAUCAAUCGUUACUAGAUGAAAAGUACUAAACUAAAGAUAAAUGAUUUAGAAAAAGAUUCUCCAAUAGAUAAAAUUAGAAAUGAAGCAAAACUAUUAUAUCAUAAUAUUUUUGAUAUUAUCACUUGAAUAUAGUAAGCAAGUGCUGGGCAAAUAUAAAAAUGAAUCACCAUCAGAUAAAAAUUGGAGUAUAAGAUUUAACGAGACCGCGCCAUUCUCAGUUAAUAUGGAUAACGAAAGCAAAUUGUUUUUGAAAAUAAAUAUCUUUAGCGAUUUAUUAAAAAAUUUAAAAAUACAAUUUCAUUGCGAAAAUCAAUUAAUUUGUGAUAGUUUAGAUGAAGUGACCAUAACAAAUGGUACAGAAUGGGAAGGAUUUAUAUUAAUCAAAGGCAUUUUUAUGGGAAGAUCAAAACUUUACGCUGAAAUAAAAUUGCCAAACAAUACUAUUCAAAUUUCAAAUGAAUAUCAAAAUAUUGUUGUUGUAAAAAAAGUUGGUAUUGUUGAUCAUAUAUUUACGAUUUCUUUAGGAAUAAUGGUUAGCGUAAUAUUUGUCAGUUUUGGAGCUGCAUUGGAUAUGAACUCAUUGAAAGAAAUUUUAAUAAAACCAAUUGGACCAACAAUUGGAUUCUGUUGUCAAUUCAUUUUGAUGCCAAUUUUAAGUUAUACAAUAGGUUACAUUUUAUUUUCAGAAAACACAAAUAUGUGGUUAGGUCUAUUUUUUUCUGGAGUAACACCAGGUGGUGGAGCUUCCAAUAUGUGGACUUUAAUUUUGAAAGGAAAUGUUAAUCUUUCAAUUGUUAUGACAACAAUUAGUAAUUUAGCUGCUUUUGCUAUGAUGCCAUUUUGGAUCUUCACUUUAGGAAGAACGAUUUUCGAACGUGGAGAUUUAGGUGUACCAUAUGAAAGAAUUGGAACUUUAUCAAUAUCACUUAUUAUACCGUUAUUUAUUGGAUUAGCAAUACAAAAAUUUCAUCCAAAAUUAGCUAACGUACUUAUACGUUUAUUAAAACCUAUUUCAAUUAUUAUUUUAAUUUUCAUCAUAUCAUUUGCAAUAAUAACGAACUUAUAUUUAUUUAAAUUAUUUUCUUGGAGGAUUAUAAUUGCUGGAAUGGGAUUACCAUGGUUUGGAUAUAUUUUAAGUUAUACUGCAGCAUGGCUUUUUAAACAAAAUAAGUCCGAUUGUUUAACAAUUUCAAUUGAAACUGGCCUCCAAAAUACAGGAGUUGCAAUAUUUCUACUUCGAUUUUCAUUACAACAGCCUGAAGCGGAUUUAACAUCAAUAGUUCCUGUAUCAGUAUCGAUCAUGACUAAAGUACCACUUUUAACAUUAUAUUUUAUUCAGAAGUCUUUCUGUUUAGACGAAGACAAAAAAGUUAAAAAAAAUAAAUUGGAUCAGUCAAAAAAUCUUAAUGAGGAAGAACAUAUUAUGCCUGGAACUAAAUAAAUUUGAUAUUCAUGUACAUACAUAUUAUGUAUGUAUGUACAUAAAUAAAUAUUUAAAUAAAAUUGAAUAGACUGCCUUAUUUAUAGGUCACAAUAAUAUGUUGUGAAAAUCAUGUAAAUAAAUUUUUUUUAACACAGUA